UCAGCACCUGAUACUGACUCUGCUCAUAUCUGGUUUCUAGGGCAAUUUAACAACAUUAUGGAUUUGUAAUGCAUUUAGACAUUAAAGAAAAACUGCCUAUGUCCAAAGCAUGUAUGAAAGAAAAUAAUAAGCCCACCAUGAAGAGAUAUGUAUCAUCUAAAAUCAUGAUACGAAAAUUGUGUAAGCAUUAUGAUUUUUCUGCUUCAGACAGCUGAGGUGGCACUAGCUAAUCUCAAGAACAAAUAUGAAAAUGAAAAAGCAAUGGUGACUGAAACUAUGACGAAACUUAGAAAUGAAUUGAAGGCUUUGAAAGAAGAUGCAGCAACUUUCUCAUCCCUGAGAGCAAUGUUUGCAACAAGAUGUGAUGAAUAUGUCAUACAGUUGGAUGAGAUGCAGAGACAGUUAGCAGCCGCAGAGGAUGAGAAGAAGACUCUAAACACUUUGUUACGAAUGGCCAUUCAGCAAAAACUCGCCCUGACCCAGCGACUGGAGGACUUAGAGUUUGAUCAUGAGCAGUCUCGACGCAGCAAAGGCAAACUUGGAAAGAGCAAGAUCGGCAGCCCUAAAGUAAGUGGGGAGGCAUCAGUCACCGUGUCCACCAUAGACACUUACCUCCUGCAUAGUCAGGGCCCACAGACACCCACCAUUCGGGUCAGCAGUGGCACUCAGAGGAAAAGGUAUGCAUGCAGCGAUCUUCAUAGUGUGGUGCAGUGGCCAGAUUUUAGUUAACUGCAAAAAUUAAUGUGUUCUUAUUGUGGAGGAUGGAGGAGGGGAAGGAAAAGGGAAAAAAUGGGAGCUGGGAGACCUUGCUAAUGUUGAUCUUUGCAGAUCAAAACCUUUUGAGAAGUGUGUUUAUAUAUUGUCCCCAUCCCACCUCUUGAUUCACCAUAAAAUAAUUUUCAAGUGCCUGUCAACAUUUUUUGCUGCUCUUUCUAUGCAUAAA